GAAACAUUUUUUGCAUGCUGCCAUGGCUGCGCGGUAGCGUGCACGCGAGCGCAGCAUCGUCUUGCGACCACAGUCGCCCUGUUCCGGCCGGUGCAGGGCAGCCCGCCCACUUUCGUACGCGUUCGGCAACGCUGAGGCCACCGGGCAGCCCCACAGUCUCUACUCAUGACACGAUGGCUCAGCAGCUUCCUCUUGGUCGGGACCGCAUGCGGCUACGAACUCGUCCCUGCGGAUCUGGAGAAACCGGUGCCGCCCUUCGUCAGCGACAUCGAGAGCCAUAAGCUCGAGCUGCCGUUCACGACGAGUGCAAGUGAGUCGCGGCGCUGCGUGCAUGCCUUCACAGCCCGCGGGAGGAGGCACAAGGGCGGUAGGAUUGACCCCGGUGCGUACGACGGCAUCGCGGGCAACCGCCAGAACGCUAGGAGUUCGCACAACGAGGACCGCUUCGCGAUUCGCCUUUUUGGCGGAGCUGGCAACUGGACUUCCAGCCGGACGUUCCUUGAGAUCGGAGCUUUUGAUGGCGUCACCGAAUCAAACACAAUCAUCAUGGAGCGGUGCCUUGGUUGGCGCGGCGUCUUGGUCGAGCCGAAUCCCCGCGCCUUCGACGCUCUCAAGGCUGCAGGUCGGACGCACUCGACGCUGGUUCACGCUUCUCCAAUGUGCGAGACUGAGAGUAAGGUUCCUAUGAGUCCGCUCCCGUUCACGUCGGCCAGGACAGACCCGGAGCCAGGGGCGCCGCACGGCGCCGUACCUGUGCCCUGUGUAUCGCUCACGGACAUCCUGCUGAAAGCUGGACAUUCGAAAAUAGACUUCUUUUCUUUAGACGUAGAAAACUCGGAGGACCGCGUGCUCGCGACGCUGGAUUUGAAAAAGGUCGACGUGGCACUCGUCUUUGCCGAGGCGUAUAAUAAAGACUGCAGGACGAGGUGCGCCAAGCGGGACCGCGUGCGGGAGUACAUGGCGGAGGCCGGCUACGCCCUGAACCCCGGCGGGAUCAACGUCCACUUCUCGGACGUGUUCGUGCGGGAGGAUCUGAUGGGUGCCGCAGAGGCGCGACGACUUCUUUUUAGUGCUGUUGUAAGGUGAGCUUAGAAUGUG